AUGUACCUGGCAGCUGGAUUGCUUAACAUCAUGGAUAUCUCCCUUCAGCAUGAAUAUCUGCAGGAGUAUCUUCAAAGUGCGGCUGUCAAUGGUAACUUUUCCGGCACCAACCCGUACGGGUUGGGUGUUUACGGUGGACUCGCACCGAACGGAUCUGCCUUGGUCGGAGGACUCGACAAAAACGGUUCGGAGGUCACCAUCACGGCUCCAGGACACACUGACUCCACCGUAGCCGUCAUAAUUGUGUACUGCGUCCUGUUUGUGAUAGCGGCCGGCGGCAAUCUGUCGGUUGUCAUAACACUGUUCCGCUCCAGGCGCCAUCGUCGUUCGCGUGUCAGCCUCAUGAUCUGCCAUUUGGCCGUGGCUGAUCUAAUGGUCGCGUUCAUCAUGAUUCCACUGGAGGUUGGCUGGCGCAUUACGGUGCAGUGGCAUGCCGGGAACGUUGCCUGCAAAGUGUUCCUGUUCAUGCGCGCCUUCUGUCUGUAUCUUAGCUCGAACGUCCUGGUGUGCGUGUCCCUCGACCGCUGCUUUGCUGUGAUAUAUCCUUUGCGCGUGUCAGCCGCCCGGAAACGCGGUAAAAUUAUGCUCGGCGGGGCUUGGUUCAUUGCGUUUGUUAAUGCAAUGCCACAGAGUAUUAUCUUCCGCGUGCAGCAACAUCCGCAAGUGCCGGGGUUUACGCAAUGCGUCACAUUCGGGUUCUUCGCUACGCCGGGCCUCGAGACGGCCUACAACCUGUUCUGCGUGAUAGCCAUGUACUUCCUGCCGCUGAUGAUCAUCAGCGGCGCCUACACUGUGAUCCUGUGCGAAAUAUCGAACCGGUCGCGGGAAAAGGAGACGAGCGAUUCCAACUCAACCGGAACGAUGCGCCUUCGAUGUAACGACCUAACGCAUAUUGAACGGGCGCGUCAGCGUACGCUACGCCUCACCAUCACCAUUGUGGUCGUGUUCGUCUGGUGUUGGACACCGUACGUCGUCAUGACCCUCUGGUACAUGUUCGAUCGGGAAAGCGCUGCGAAGGUCGACGUUGCCGUACAGGACGGAUUGUUUUUGAUGGCCGUUUCAAACUCGUGCAUGAACCCGUUGGUGUAUGGUUCGUAUGCGAUGAAAUGUCGGCUACCCUGCCGACGCCGCAACACACUUGGAGGCGCUCAGACACCUAAUGCAGCACAGCGCCGCUCCACAGAUGCCGUCUCGGGGAUUAUUGGACCACACUCGGAUCGUCUGACCGGACGCGAUAAUAAGGAUGAGCUGGUAGCGGACCACCGAAGCAUAACGAUGAACCACCUCAAUCAAAACGGUACCAUUGCCCUACUACAACCGACAGCAUCUCUACUCCGUUCAACUGGUGGUGGCACUGGUGGAGGAGCGGGUGCAGGUGGACCCGGCACAAGUGGGGUAAUUGCUGGAGGCUCCGGAAUGGCUACGACAGCAACGACCCGAUUCUAUAACCGUCUCGGUAGUGGCAACAACACCAACUAUCACGGCAACACAACGAAACACACGUCGGCGACAGGAAGCAAAGCAGGAACGGCCACUCCGGUGGGCAGUUCCCAUCGAAAGGGUGGAGGGAAGGAGCACAACUCCCGGGCGGGCUAUUGGAUCGGUGGUAGCGGGGAAGGAUGUCAGCCAAGCUACAGUGAGUUCGCAAUGCUAGCCGACGAGCAUUCGCUGAUGCUAUCCAGACCAUCCUUCUAUUCCGACCCGACACCCCACGAGCUGGACUCAUCGGUUGAGUGUGGAUUGACGCGCAGUCUGGACACUGGUGGUUGGCGAUGA